AAGAAGGAUGAUGGAACUUCCAGAGAAGCUUACAACGAUGCUCAAAAGGACACUGAUGCCAAGUUCGAUUCAAGGCUCCAAACAUCGUCAAGACCUCAUCCUCAGUAUGAGAAGGAGCAGCGGAGAGAGCGAGGAGAAAUGCUUCUUCGUUUAUACCGAGAAAAUCCAUUACUUAUCGAUACAGCAAAUGCGAGGACCAUGCAGAAAAAUAAAGAGCGAGCACAGCUUUGGGAGAAGAUCACGCAACAGAUAAAUGAAGCCUUCGAAGGCAAACUAGAAGUUUUGUCUGUGGAGAAAACAAAGAAACUUCUGACUUACUAUAAAAAGAGGGAUGAUGGAAGUUAUGAAAAACUUGGUUAUCCAAAUGCUGUAUCACAGUCACCGUCAAGCUCCGAGUCUGUCAGUAGUGAGCAUGGAGGAUUUGAAGAGGACGACCGCACAGUCUCACUCAAUGAAAGGAAUGAAAUCGACCAACAUUCUCGAGAGUACACUGAGUCAUUAGCUUCUCCAACAAGCUAUACUUCCGUCGUGAAAUCCGAGUCUCCACCAACUCCAGAGUUACCUGAAACUUUUCCUGGCUUGAAGAAAGAACGCCAUGACUUUGUAGUAGCUAUCGCAGAUCACUAUUUGGAUAGGAUGUGCUUUGACAAUUCUUCAAGAUCUACGCAGAUAAACGCAGAAAGGCACAAUAUGUGGGUCAAAAUUACGCAUAUCACCAAUCAGAAAUAUGGGGGUAUUUUGAGCCCACUCGGAGUCGAACAAACAAAGAAGUUGUUUUCAAACUGCAAGCGUCGCCGCAGAAUGCGCUCGGAAUCGUCAAGCGAGGAUUGGUCAUUUGAAAACUCAGUGUCGUUUCAACCAACUAGUUCUGCUCAUGCUACAAGCUCUUCCGAGGCAGUGCCAUCUUCUGACAGCUCCUACGAAGAAAAUUUUGGGCCCGUUCUCCAGCAGCUAAUGAAUGGAUUUGACCUUAGAGCUGAAAUCGUAGAUCUGCGUCGCCAACUUGCUGAUUGCGAAGCUGAGGUGACACGUCUGCAACAAGUGAUUGUCAAGCAAGCAGAAGAUUACAAAGCGCGUAUCAGUGCAGUGGCUGAAAUUUUGAAGUUCACAGCCGACAAGCAGUUUGCAGAAGAUAUUCGUAAAUUUCUUGGUCUUGUCUAGAUUUUUGUUUUUAACUUUUUUUAUCAUCAUAUCGUUGCAAUAGAGUGAUAGUAACCUUCGAAGAUCUCAGCUUAUUUUUGGAAUUUCUUGAAGUUUACUGUUUUUUUAUCAGGUUUCUAACCACUGUGUCAUCCUGUAGUUGUUUUGAUGCGUAUAUGUUUUGAAGUCGUGAAGUAAAC